AUGUUUAGUAGUCGUUCAAGACAUACUCAUUAUCAGCAAACAAAUAGAUCUUAUUAUGGUAUUAUACUUCUGCUUGCUGAAUUAAGUCGUUCAUCACAUUUACCACCAAUAACACUUAUAAUUAUUAUUCUUAAUGUAUUAAUUUAUUUUGAUAUAUUUCCAUUAUUUGGUUUAUCAAAUAAUUUACAAUCAGUUUGUGUUAGUACACAUGCUGUACUUGAUCAAGGAGAUUAUAUGCGUAUUUUACUUGCACCAUUUUUUCAUGGUGAUGAUAUGCAUUUAUAUUAUAAUAUGGCAUCAUUUUUAUAUAAAGGACAACAACUUGAAACUCUAUUUGGUGGUCGAUAUUUUGCACUUUUAGUUACAAUAUUAACAAUAUCAUCAAGUUUAAUGCUUGUUAUACUUGGUCAAUUAGCAUCAAGUUUAUU